AUGCAGUUCACCAUCGCCACCGUUCUCUCCCUCCUCACCGUCGCUCUCGCCGCUCCCGCCGCGGUCGUCGAGCGUCAGGUCCCUUACACCGCUUGCACCGGCCUCUACGGCACCGCCCAGUGCUGCGCUACCGACAUCCUCGGCCUCGCUGAUCUCGACUGCGCCAACCCCCCCGCAACCCUCACCAGCGCCGUCCAGUUCCAGGCUACCUGCUCCGACAUCGGCCAGCGUGCUCGCUGCUGCCUGUUGCCUAUUCUCGGCCAGGCCCUCGUCUGCGAAACUCCCGCUGGCCUUCCCACUGCCUAA